GGGCAUUACAAGUUGCCGUGGUGAAGGUCCCGGAGAAGGAGGGAGAAGAAAGGACUACUUCCCUGCCCUGGGGCCCCUUCUCGAUCAUUGAUUCACCUCGUCCAGAAACCGAGAAAAAAGGGGAUUUUCUCCUGCUCUUUUGUUCUCCUCCCGCUUCAUCUACGCCUAGUAUUAUUUUUUUUUAGAUGUGAGAUGCAGGUGACACAGCCAUAUUGGACUUGUUGCUGUUGGCUUGGAAUCUGCCUAUGGCUCCUAGCUGGAGAAGGAGGAUGUGCCUAUGCAAAACUCUGCAGAAUUCCCCCAUGUGGCAGGAAUACCAAUGGUGGAUUACAGCCUAUCAGACAGCAGUGCCAUGGCGCACACUGCUUCAGCAGAUCAAAUCGCUCAUCUCAUACUUUUGUUCAGCCAUCCAGCAAACAACAACCACAGCAGUCUUCUAUAGGCAGCAUCCUGGGGCUCUUAGCUGUGACUAGCCGAAGUUCAGAGGCGAUAUGUUCUGGAGGAAGGGACUGUACCAGAAGAACUCUCAAUAGCACCAUGCAGGAUUGCAGAGGCAUUGAGUGUCGGCUGCCCCUGCACAUUCGCCAGAAGCCUAGACCUGCAAGCCAAAUCUUCCCAUGCCCACCAAAUCAAGGGGAACGCUGCCUGGAGCCUACCCUGGUCAGAGUAACUGAGAAGGCAGCACAAUUUGUUGGGGAAGAGCUUGCCUACACAGCUUCAGAACUUGGUGGCACUGCUCUCAGCGUUCAGCUCACCUGUGAUGUUAAACCAGGAGGUAAUGAAGUUCCAUCUGAGGAUGCACUUGUGCUCCAACUACAGCUUACAAAAGGCCAAGAAAAGUUUGUUGAAACACUAAAAAGUCAGCAGGCAGUCAUUGUGGAUUUACAGCAAAAACUUGCCGAGCAGCAGAAUGCAUUGGUUACCCAGCAGCGGGAAAUUAUUAUGCAACAAAGAAAAAUGUAUGAACAAAUGGAUCUGAUCAAAGUUCAGUACGGCAUGCUUUUUGACACAGUGAAGCAAAUGUCAUUUAAAGGUUUGCAAGAGGACAUCCAGCAUUACUUUGAGGCUAAUCUUGAAAACCUGCAGAAGGAAGUCAGAAAUCAUCUCCAGAAGUCCUACUCUGGGCAUAAACUAAAUGUGGACGCAAAAAUGAUUGAUAUUGGAGAAACUUUAAUGGAAUGUGGCUUUUGUGAAAGUGAUGAAUUUUGCAAUUUUCAGAAGACACCAUCACAAUGUGAAAAAUGUACCUUGUGUCCUGCUGGCUUUUUUCAGCUAUUGGGAUGUUCUGCAAAUACAGAUCGAAUAUGCCAGGAUAAAGAUGAAUGCAUCGAAUUACCAAGUAUAUGUGGAGAAAGGAUGAAAUGCCUGAACACACCAGGAGGAUUCCGCUGUCUUGGAAUGGCAGAAAAAGAGGCUGCUCUGGGACUGUGUGGAGAGGAAUAUUUCUUCAAUAAAGAGCAUCAGGAGUGCCAGGCCUGUCUCGUGUGUGAUGAUGGAGCAGUGAUUUUACCUUGUUCCCUUGUGAGCGAUACAGUUUGUUCAACAGCUGUUGAAACCAUUCUGUCUGAGACAUGGGCUGCAGAUACAGCUUUACCGUUGUCUGGCUCAUUUCAGAUCUACCCUGGGUUUAACCUGAAGUUAAAAGAAAAGCAAGGAUGUGAUACGGGAACUCUUGAAGAGGACAGCUUGGUGUUCAAAGAACAUGGCUUAAUGUGGGCUGAUUUCAAUUUUGCUGUGAAACAUAACUGCAGAAAUUUCCUCCACCUUUCCUUAAAAUUCAAGGACAGUGAAGAAGGCUAUGAACUCAGUGGAGUUCGUAUCGAACAACCAGAAGGCAAAUUUUUUCAGAGUGCCAGUGUGAGUAGUGCUGCAGAAGUAGAGCCAAGCCAAACUCUUUCGAUAUUUUUGAAGAGCCCUAAUCAAUUCUGCAACCAAAGUAAAGAUUUAGACAUAUAUAAUCUUCAAACCCCUCUCAGCUUGUUUUGGUUAUCUCACGAUACAGGAGCAGUAGCCAUGACUGCACAGAUAAUGACCGCAGUUCACUACCAGACAAAUUAUCAACCAACCUUUAAAUUUGUUUCUCUUUCUGACUCUUAUAUGCUAACCUUAUCUCAUGAUGGUAGAGCCAUCAAGUUUACUGAAAUGGGGGUAGUGAAAUUUGUUUUCCAACAAGCUCUGUAUUCCAUGGGUCACACCUGCAUUCAUGAGGGAUUCAAUAUGGUUGUUUAUCUGAACAAAAACGGAACUAAUGCAGAAUUGAUGACGGUUUAUAAAUCUGGGGUCAAUUACAGAGAUACUUCAAUCUCUGUUUCUGGAGCCACCAAAGUCAGUGCUGGGGAUCUAAUGAGCUUUGAAAUCCUUUCUCCUACACAAUGCAGCAUUCGUUAUUUUGGAGACAGUUCUGGAAUUAGUACUCUAAGUCUCAUCUGGCUUCCAUCUGCUAUUUCCACUGCAUUGUCAGCCAGAGUCUCCGUAAUAAGAUUGCCUACAGGAGCUGUCAGAAACAAAGUUUUGGAUUUUGCACAAGUCUCAACCUAUGAGAAACAGAUCUAUUUAAUAUCUACUGGACAAUUUGCCCAAAAAUAUUUUAUGUUUACAGAAAGAGGAAUUGCUAGUAUUGUGUUCACUUUAAAAUUAAUUCAUUCAUGUAAUAUGCUCCGGGUAACUUUAAAUCAGUAUGUCAGUGAUAAUGCUCCUCUUAACAUAAUUGCUCAACAAAUUGGAGGCCAAGUACCUGAAGGUAGUAUCUGGACCAGUGUUAGCCUUCGUUCCUCUUUCAAGGUUCACAAUGGAACCAUGAUAUCUGUAUCACUAGACUGUGUGCGUGGCAGAAUUAACCACAUUUCUCAUGAAUAUGGAACAAGCUUAUCUGUCUUAUGGAUAUCUUCAUAGUUUUGCUUGGAGGACUUUUAAAAGAAACUUUGAAGAUUGAAGUAAAUGGGUUGCAACUAUUGGAUAAAACCCAACUUGGUGCCUUUCAGAUGCGUUGGACUACAGCUCCCAUAAUCUUCCAGCUAUGGGACUCAGAAUUUUCAGUCUAGUGUACAUCAAGGGACUAAGACUGAGAAAGCCACAAUUCCCUUACUUUUGUUUACAUUUUGUUGCAUGAAGUAAAUUAAACAGUCAACUUUUUGAUAAUAGUGAUUGAAUGAAUGAUUGAUUGAUAGAAAAUGAGAAUUGUGAGUCAACCAAAGGUACCAUCUCUACUGAAUUUCUGUUGGAUGUUCUGGCCAUCCCAUGAGCUCUUGAGUUGUGAAAGUAUUGGAAAGACUAUAUCUCAUCAUUAACUCCUUCCUUAUUGGACAAAUUAAGGGAGAAAGAGAAAAAAGCAGGAAUAUUCAAUGGUACAUCCACUGAUCCACCCUAUUUUCACACUGCCUACAGGCCAUCCUUUUAGCAAUUCCAUCCACUAUCUGCUUUGCCCAUCACUGCCUAGUAUCAUCCUCCUCUACCUCUCCUGACAUGAUCUCAAGCUGAGGAAACACUGAAAAACCCUUCCUGUCUACCACCUGGCUAUCACUCUGCAAGUGACUCAUGAGCAAAACAGUACCUUCACUGUUCUUUUAAGGGAAGUAAAUAUAGAAGGAAAGCAAUAGUGAAGGAGACAAUCUUUCCCUACUGCAAUAACCUCAUUGGUGGCCUAACACAAGGAGUGGGAGCAAGAAAAUGGCAAAAAUACAUAACUGAGUUAAACCAAAGUCAUGGCACCUAGGCUUUACGGUAUACCAGUAGCCCCAAGAAGAAGGGCAGCAGAUACCUCUCAUGGGUUCCCAGAAGUGUAUAGCAAUUGACUCCUGACAUGAUGGAUGAUUAGUGCCUGGAAUCCAGGGAUUUUGCAUGCAAAGCAUCUAAUCAUCUCCACCAGCUUUUGACGCAACAGCUUUUGUUGUACUCUUAGCAAGUAGCCUAAGAGCAUCUUUUGGCACUGAUUUGUGCGUGACUGUGACGCACAAAUCAGUGAGCCAUAAGCACAUUUUUAACCAAACCAAACCAUGUUCUAGAAACAUGUUAUAUAGAUAAUGUUCUCUUGUCCUCAAAUGCCUGCUCAACUACGUAUUAUACACUCUUGUUGUAGAGUGCAGGAGAAAUGGUAGGAAAUCAUCAACUAUACCUGAAAUGCACACUUCCACAAUAACAAGGUGAUCAUCCAACUCAAGAGAAGAAGCUUAAAACACCUGAUUUUUGUAGUAACCUUCAGAACCACUUGCACUGAAGCCCAUAAACUGGCCCGUAAAUUCAUCCCAACCUGCAGCACUAUGCUGUGAUAGUACUUUCUUUUUCUAAGACUCUGGACCACAUUAGUUGAGUAUAAGGUUUCAAAUACAUGGAAUCAAAGCUAUCUUACUAAGUCCAGAGGAAGAACCAACCCUCAUGGAGCCCCUGACCCAUUUAUUCCUCACCUUCACAAUAACUAUCAAGUAAACCUCAUGCAGCACACAAACCAUCCUGCAGAAUACCUUUCGUGCCAUGAAUUUCUGCAUCAGAACCAGUAAUCCUGUGGAAGUAUUCAGUGUUGAAGUUGACUUGCCUCUGCAAGGCUAUAGCCAGCUAUCACCCAGCAGGCAGAGCAUGUAGGUGCCAUACUGCCAUCCUAGCGCUAUAGCCAAAACCAACUGGAAAGCACUGCAUGCGAUGCCCAGAAAUGUUCUCACAGUAUUUACUUUAUACAUAUCUAGUAGAAUUUUCUUCCUAUGGAUGAGUGGGCAUUUAUAUUUUAUGUGUAUAUGCAUCUGUAUACACAUAUGUACAUACAUUUAUAUAUAUAAAAUUAAGUUAGGUGGAUGGAUGCAAUUACAUCAUGAUAGGUGCAUCAUUGGAAGACCUGAAGGACCAGGCUGGGUACAAUCUCCUCCACCCCUGGAUAAAAUGUAUGUCUUUGCUAAGAAUCAAAGCCAACUUGAGAGGACAUAAUAAAUAUAAAGUGCACAAUCAUUACAGAUCCUGAACAUAUAUAUAGGUACAAUCACCAGCCUUAAAAUUAUUCUCUUCUUACUUUUAUCCUGAUUUUCUUGGUUAACACCUGUUGCAGAUGUUGUGCCUGAUAGUCUUCUUUCCUAGCAUAAUAGUUAUAAUACUUGUCUUGAAUGCAAAAUAUCUCUAGUUUGAAACCCAGCAGACGGUAUUUUUAAUUACUAUUUUUCUUCAGUAUCUAUUGUUUCUGCUAGGCAGUUGCUGUUUGCCAAUGAAUAGUGCAUUCAUGGAAUUGGUACAAAAAAAAUAUGUGUACUUGUAUUGUGGCAUGAUUCAGCAGAUAUUUUCCCAGAAUUAUUAAGAUACAGAAAUGUAUAAAUAUCCAAAUAAUUUCAGUCAGUAGGAAAGUGGUUGACUGUCAUCUCCAUGGCAGUUAGUGGUGACUUCAAGGCAUUUUCCUCCCUUGGACACAGGCAACAUAAAAGGAUGUGACAUCUGCUGCUACGUUUAGUUUCAAAUCUGCUCCAAAUUUGCCACAUAGCUAGCAAAAUGUCAGCAUAUAUUCCUUUUCUCCCACGGCUUUACCCCAAAGUCAUUUCACCAACAAACAGUAGCCAUGAAAACCAAACUAGGAAUACCAAAGUAUCAAGUACAAGGCGUACCAAAGUAUCACAGCCUACUUCUGGGAUAUUCUUUUGAGUUCCCAGUUAAAUCUACAGCAGUGUUUUUCAAUUUGAGAACUUUAAGCUGUGUGAACUUCAGCUCCGAGAAAUCCCCAGAAUUCUAGAAGUUGAAGUCCACACAGUUUAAAGUUCCUGAGGUUGAAAAACACCGAUCUAGAUCUAGAGUACGGUCCCAAAAUUUGUCAGCAGUCUUCUGUCCAGUUUCUAAUUAUGGCUUAGGAGCAACUAACCGGAUUUGAUUUCUGCAGGAUGCAACUGCAGUUGAGCUCCUGCAUUGGGACCUUGAGGGCCUGGUGGCUCAGCAGACUGAUAGCAUUGUGAUUAACACCAGCUGUCUGCAAUUACUGUAAGUUCGAAUCUCACCAGGCUCAAGGCUUUCCAUCCUUUCUAAGGUAGGUAAAUUGAGGACCCAGUUUGUGGGAGCAAUAAGCUGACUUUGUAUAAAUAUAUACAAAAGUAUGAAGGCUAUUGCUUAACGCAUUGUAAGCCUCCCUGAGUCUCCGGAGAAGGGCGGCAUAUAAAUCAAAAUUUUUUUUUUUAAAAAAAGGCAAGCUACCAUCUGUUACAUGUCUUCCUGACAGUAAAACCACAAGAAUAUUACAUAUAAUCAUGAACUUUGUGUUCCUGAGAUGUUGAGAAAUUGGUUGUCCACACCCUCCUCACUAACAAUUGCUUUCAGCUCCUUGGAAGGUAUAAAUGUUAUAUCCUAUUUACUUGCUUAAAUUUUUUACCCCAUACGCUUCUACUGAGUUGCUUUAAGCCUUGAAAAGCUCACAAGUGACUGAGAAAUAAAACAGUACACUUUUGACAAUA